UUCCUGCCACAGGUUUGACACCGGCUUGAUGUAUCAUAGUAGGAGGUCGGAAAACGUUAUUAUAACUUAAGUUUAAUCCCAGAGAAGAAUAACUUGAGUUUAGUGUACAUUUUCGGGUGGAUUGGUGGAGAUGGCGGCCGUCCUGCUGCAGAUUCUGGAGCGGACGGAGUUGAAUAAACUAUCGAAAAGCGUCCAGAACAAGUUAGAGAAGUUUGUGACGGAGCUGCAGGAAGCUAACGAGGAGCUAAAGACGCAGCAUGAGAGAUUCAAAGCAGACAGCGAACAGCAGUACUUUGAAAUUGAAAAGAGGCUGGUGGAGAGUCAGGAACAGAUUCUGUCUGCCACCAGAGACCUGCAGGCACUCAAGGAUACAAAUGCAAAACUAAAUGAAGAGCUGAGCACUCUGAAGGGAAUAGAGGCAGAGACUCCUGAAGAUAAACUCCCACAACAGCAGACCAAGACCAAGUAUGAGAUUGAGGCGGAGAAGAGGGAGCUGGAUCGGCUGCUGGAGAAGAGAACCCAAGAAGUGGAAAACCUUUCUGAGGACGUGAAGCGUCUGAAUGAGAAGCUGACAGAAACCAGCAAAGUCAAGUUGGAGCUGCAGUUAAAACUGGAUGAUAUACAGUCAUCUGAGGCGUCUGUGCAGCACCGAGAGAAGCGCAUGGAGCAGGAGAAAGAGCUGCUGGAGAAGAAGAUCGAGUGGUUAACUUCAGAGCUGAAGAAAAAAACGGAGGAAUUGUUGAACAGUAAUAGAGAGAAAGGCAAAGAGAUACUGGAGCUAAAGGGUAAUCUGAAGAACAGCAAGGAGCAGGUGACAAGACUUGAAAGUCAGCUGACUUCUCUGAAGGAUACCAGUGAAAAUCAAAACAAAAGAGCAGCAGACCUCAACAAUAAACUGAAACAGGCUAAAGAUGAGCACAGUGCCAUGGAGGAGAAAUACCGCAAUGAGCUCAAUGCUCAUGUCAAGUUAUCGUCGCUCUACAAGGGGUCAGCGACAGAAAUGGAGACAAAGAACCAAGAACUGAGCAGAGCUGUGGAGGAGCUCAGCAAACUGGUUAAAAACACAGGGGAAGCUAACAAGGCUCUUGAGAAGAAGGUGUCAGAGGGAGAAGAACUCAAAGUGCGACUUGAGGCAGAGCUAAGAGAAAAAAUCAAGAAAAUGGAGAAAGAACUGGAAAAUUCCAUGAUGAAGGCGGCUAGCAAACAAUGCU